AUGCUCACCGAAGAGAGCGAGAACGCGCUGACUCAGGACGAUGCCGCCAUCGCGGCGUGUUUAUCACACGACGAGAGCGAACAAGCGCAAGUUGACGCGCAAAUCGCCAGCGAUGAGGCGCUGGCAAGGAACUUGAGCGACGCGUCAAGAUUGGACGGGUGGUGGGACGACGACUCGUGGGACAAGGAAAUCGCGCGCGCGGUCCACGAACGCGAUGGGGAGCAAGAUGGCUCACAGUUUGUACCAAAGUUGAACGCACACGUCGUCGAUCCGGAGAGCGGAAGUUUCCCACCCCCAAAGAGCGCCGUAAACUUUGACCAUGGGCGGCUGUUAUUGCGUCUUGAUUUCUAUGGACUGCGUGAAAAAAUUGUUGAGGGAGAUGGAAACUGUCAGUUUCGAGCGCUCAGCGAUCAACUGUUUCGCGAUGGAGGUGAGAAUCACGCCGCCGUUAGAGCCGCGGUGGUUGAACGCCUGGCAGAGCAAGCGGAGGUCUACUCUCCUUAUUGCUCACCGAUGACGAUGGACGAGUACGUGCAGCGAAUGUCUCAGCAAGGUGAAUGGGGCGAUCACCUCACACUGCAAGCGUGUGCCGACGCGUAUGGCGUCGAUAUCAACGUAUUAACAUCGUACAUGGAGUCCGGCUUCAUCGAAAUAACGCCGAGCGGAGGCGAGUCAGCCAGUUCUCCCCGUUCGUUAUGGUUAAGCUUCUUCGCCGAAGUGCACUACAACUCCAUUCUACCCGGUACCCCCUCGUGA